AAAGGAGAGAUUCUUUGAGCCCUAGGAAGGAGGAGCUUGGAAGUUUGCGAUGAGGACGAUCACCCACGUCUUGUUCGACAUGGACGGCCUUUUGCUCGACACGGAGAAGUUCUACUCGGUUGUGCAAGAGAAGAUCCUGUCCGGCUAUGGCAAGAGCUUCACCUGGUCGCUCAAAGCCAAGAUGAUGGGAAAGAGAGCUGCCGAGGCGGCGGAGAUCUUCGUCCACGACUCUGGCCUCGAGGGCAUUCUCUCGCCUCGCGACUUUCUCACGCAGCGCGAAGCAAUGCUCGAGGUUAUGUUCCCCGAGAGCCAGCUUCUACCUGGAGUGGAGAGACUUGUUGGCUACUUCCAAUCUCAGGGGAUUCCAAUGGCCAUAGCUACCAGCUCCCACAAGAGGAACUUUGAUCUCAAGACGAUCAACCACAAGGAGCUCAUCUCUCGCAUGCACCAUGUCGUUGUCGGCGACGAUCCGGACGUCAAGCUCGGCAAGCCGGCACCGGACAUUUUCCUCGUGGCAGCUUCGCGGUUUCCGGAUCCCAAACCAAGGCCUGAGAACGUUUUGGUUUUCGAGGACGCUCCUACUGGUGUUGAGGCUGCUCAAAACGCUGGAAUCUCUUUGUUCUUCACGCAGGAGUGUUGUCAUGGUGCCAGAUCCAAACCUGGACAAGAGCCUCUGUGAUCGAGCAGACAUUGUACUGGAAACUCUGGAGGACUUUGAUCCCUCUACGUUUGGGAUGCCUCCUUUCAUCAAAAACUAGUCCUAUAUCAACACAAAGAUGAGAAAAAAAGAGAGAUCAUAGCAAAAAAGACCAUAAAGUUCUGAGUUACAUAUCAAGAAAGAUGAAGAGAGAGAUCAUAUAUUGAUUGUAGCAAAACAAAAACGGUGAUGCCUCGAUCGUAACAAAAAGACAAUAAAGUUCGAGUAAGAAAUCACACA